AUGACACUCGAAAGCGACGCAGUAGCAGGGGCUACAAUUGAACUCCUCGAGGCACGCCUGCGCCGCCUCACUUACCUCCUCACCGGCGCCACAGACUGGACAGGCGUCCCAACCGCGCCCGAGAAGCCGGCCUCUCUCGACGAGACAGUCUCCCGCAAGCUCGCGCGUCUAGAAAGGGAACUUGAGAAGCUGAGCCGGAGUGUUCCAGCUGUGCGAGAUGUUCUUCAAUUACACGACCAAAACCCAGACCUCUUCCAAACAACCCCCCCAACCGAAAUCCCCCAAGGCCUAACAACCCAAACCCUCUCCUCAAUAGUCCUCUCCUACGCAACAGCUUUCCCAGAAACCGCCUCCCGCCUCACAUCCCUAAACGACCUGCCAGUCCCAGACGCAGCAAGCUCCACCGCCCUAAUCGAGCUGCAACCGCAGCUGGACCGGCUUGCGUGCACGCAGGCUGAACAGGCUGCUACGAUCUCUGAGCUGAGGGUCAGGAGUGCGCGGGUCCUGCAGCGCUGGUAUGAUGUUGGUCUUGUUGGGAGUGGAGAAUGUUGGGCUGAGUGGGAGGGGAGACUCGAAGAUGUUGAGAGGGAGGUUAGGCGUGGGGAGGUUUUGAGGGAGAGGAGGGAGGGGGAGGUUUAG